AUGUCGCCUACGAAACGGUCUGCGGUCGCAGUACUUACCGACGCACUCCCUCGGGACAUUUCAAACCGAAUGCUAAUAAUAUUGAACAAAAAUGUCGUUUGCGAUAAUUUCCUACCGUUAGAACCGAUUUUAUCGGACUAUAAUUUUAUUUAAUGAAAACGCGAAUCGUAACGUUUUUUCGUCCUUUUUGUUUUGUUUGUUUUCAGAAUCCUAAUGACGAUCCGCCCGACGCGAUCCAAAUAGAAUCGCCACUGACGAACGUACCGACCAUGGGCGACGACCAACAAGUUUCGUCGGCCGGCGAACCACCCGUCCCGAGCGCCGAACAACAACAAGACGGACAGGCCAAGGGACCGUUGACCGGCCUGAUACCGGGCGGUAGUACGACGACCGCUCCAGCGGCGUCCGCGGGGUCGGGGUCGGGGUCGCCACUGCCCGACGGACUUUUGGGCGGCGGAGGGCUUCCCACCGGGAUCCCCGGGCUUCCGGGAGGGCUUUCCGGUGCCGGGGGCGACGGCCAAAACGCUCCCACGCUCAUUCUGGGCGGAUUUUCCGUACUCGUGAUGCCGUUGCGGGGCAUGAGCCUGUCCAACAUGGCCUCGAUGAUGUCGAAUGGACAACAGAUGAUGCAGCUGCUGCCCAAACCCGGUGUCGGGUGA